AUGUACGAGAUCCACUCAGCAGGGCUCGGGGAUUCGAGGUGUCAAUUGUACAUGGUGCCCUACUAUUUGGGCAUGUCUUGCACAGGGCUCCUCUACCUUUGUGGAAAGUCCAGCAAAGUUGCCUCCUGGACUGCCCUGGUGCCCAGCACGCUUGUGGCCCUCUGGGGCAUGACGGCGCAAAGUUUGAACUGGGCUGGCAACAUGCGAGCCGGGAGCUCCAUCUUUGCAGUGGUCUACGCCUCUGUCACAAUUUGGUCCGCAGUGCUUUCGCGGUUGCUGCUGCAGCGUCGUUUGAACCGCUGGCAGUGGCUGAGCAUUUUGAGCGUCUUCUGCGGUCUUGCGCUCACAGGGCUGGAUGCGAAGAGCUUGGGCCCAGAGGUCUUUGCUGGAAGCAUCAUGAUUGCAGCAGGCACCAUCUUGCAUGCGGUUUGCCAUACGCUCUCCGAGUUGAUCUCCGUGCGCGGAUUCAGGAUCCCUGCGUAUCUCAAUUCGAGUCUGCAAGGGCUUACUGGCUGUACCAUCGUAGGCACAUGGCAACUAACCUUCACAGCGUCCCACUGGCAGCGCAUUGCCGGACCGGUGGAGGAGGCUGGAAGCAGCUGGCCAUUUUGCAUAUCAUUGCUGGCAGCACUAGCUUUGAGCAACUUCGUCCAUGCUGGCUCUUUUUUCCACUUGCUCAUGAAGGUGGGUGUGGUCUCCACGGGAGUUGCCAAAGCUCUCCAGGGCGUUCUGGUCUUUGUGCUGUCCCAUCCCUUGUACUGCAAGCAGGAUGAAUCUCAAUGUUUUUCGCCUGUGAAGGGUGUGUCUCUAUUAAUUGUCAUCUCCGGUGUUUUGGCUUAUAUCUCUGCAACUUCCCAGCGGGAGCGGGCUUGA